UGUUUUUAACAUCUCGUUUUAGCCUGAUUAUAUGCUGAUAUGAGACUGCACAACGAUAGAGUGACGAGUAUUAUCCCAGAUAGAGACAUUUGAGGAAUAGGUGUUCUAAUUUUUUAGUCCUGAGGGAAUUAUCCAGACCACCGGAUCGAGCGAGCACUUUUAGUAGUGGGGGGAGCGAGAGACGAGGGACUGGAAACCGACUUCCACUGUGUGGAAGUUGAAGAGGACCCAGCAGAGAGAAGUCGUGAGAAUAACAAAGGAGGAAGGCACGUUCUUCGCCGUGAAAACGGAAAAACCAAGGUGCUAACAGGAGUAUACUUCACUUAGUAAUUAGACCGCAGAACAGCUGCUCUCCAGGCGCGCUGCGCACAGAACGACACGGGUUAGACAGGCAGCCCAGGCUGAGGAGAUGGAGGGGCACACCAGCGGGACAAUCAGGAAUCUCCUCCUGUCGGCCUUGAUUCUCCACUCUGUCAGGCCAGUCAUGGCCUUCAAUCGCUUGCCUUAUUUCCUGAAUUACUUCUUUGAUAAUUUCUUCCUGAUCUACGAGGACACCCCAGUAGGUGCCUCCGUGACGCAGCUGCUGGCGCGGGACCCUGACAACGAGCCGCUGGUCUUUGGCGUUGUGGGUGAGGAGGCCAUGCGCUACUUUGCUGUGGAGAGCAACACAGGCGUGGUUUGGCUGAGACAGCCCCUGGACCGUGAGGCCAAAUCCGAGUUUCAGGUGGAGUUCUCUGUCAGUGACAACCAAGGGGUCAUCAAGGGGACAGUGAAUAUCCAAGUGGGGGAUGUGAAUGACAAUUCUCCCACCUUCCACAACCAGCCGUACAGCGUGAGGAUCCCAGAGAACACACCUGUGGCCACACCCAUCUUCAUUGUGAACGCCACAGACCCAGACCAGGGCACAGGUGGAAGCGUUCUCUUCUCCUUCCAGCCUGCCUCACCCUUCUUCGCCAUCGACGGGGCACGUGGCGUCGUCACGGUCACACGACCACUUGACUAUGAGACAACACAAGCUUACCAGCUCACCGUUAAUGCCACUGACCAGGACAAGACACGGCCACUCUCCUCCCUUGCCAACCUGGCCAUUACUAUCACAGAUGUGCAGGACAUGGACCCCGUCUUCAUCAACCUCCCCUACAGUACCAACAUCUACGAAAACACUCCUCCUGGCAGCCUCGUGCGUAUGAUCACUGCCAUAGACCAGGACCGUGGGCGUCCCAGGGGCAUUGGCUAUACUGUCGUCUCAGGCAACACCAACAGCAUCUUUGCUCUGGAUUACAUCAGCGGAGCGCUAACGCUGAAUGGACAGCUGGACCGCGAGAACCCUCUCUACAGUGCCGGAUUCAUUCUUACUGUCAGGGGCACGGAGCUCAAUGAGGACCGUACGCCUUCCAAUGCAACAGUCACCACCACCUUCAAUAUCCUGGUCAUUGACGUCAACGACAACGCACCCGAGUUUAACAGCUCGGAGUACCGCGUGCGCAUCACUGAGCUGGCGCAGGUCGGCUUCGCCCUGCCACUCUUCAUACAGGCCCAGGACAAGGACGAGGGCUUGAACAGCAUGUUCCAAGUGUUCCUGACAGGUAAUAACUCAGACCACUUCACCAUCUCACCAACCUCUGUCCAGGGUCGAGCAGACAUUCGCAUUCGUGUGGCCGUGCCCCUGGAUUAUGAGACGAUCAACAGCUACCAGUUUUCACUUUAUGCCAACGAGACAUCAUCGGAGCAUGCUGGUUUUGCCCGGGUUCGCAUUGACCUGAUCAAUGAGAAUGACAACCGCCCUAUCUUCAGCAAGGCGCUAUAUAAUAUCAGCCUAACAGAAAAUACAUCAGUGGGUAGCUCUGUGCUGCAGGUCCUGGCCACGGACAAUGACUUUGGGACCUUUGGAUCAGUGCGGUAUUUCUUCAGCGAUGAGCCUGACCAGUUCACCGUGGACCAGGACACAGGCUGGGUGACGCUGAGCGGCCGACUGGAUUUCGAGCUGACAAGACGCUACACACUCACAGUCAUCGCUCGGGAUGGGGGAGGCGAGGAGACCACAGGGCGUGUGCGCAUCAACGUCCUGGAUGUCAAUGACAACGCGCCCAUCUUCCAGAAGGAGGCAUACCUGGGUUCUCUGAGGGAAAAUGAGCCAGCAGUGCAGCAGGUGGCCCGAAUUAGGGCAACAGAUGAGGACUCUCCCCCCAAUAACGUCAUCAGUUACUCCAUCAUCUCAGCCUCUGCGUUUCCAAACUACUUUGACAUAUCCAUCAUUGAGGGGUAUGGAGUGAUCAGCGUGACUCGGCCGCUGGACUACGAACUGGUCCCUGGGGGCUUCAUCUACCUCAUGGUCAUGGCAAAGGAUGCUGGGGCACCCCCCCUCAACAGUACUGUCCCUGUCACCAUUGAGCUGUUUGAUGAGAAUGACAACCCACCCACCUUCAGCCAGCCUUCCUACAUCAUCACUGUGCCCGAGAAUAUCAUUGCAGGGGCAACAGUGCUGUUCGUCAAUGCCACAGACAAAGAUGCAUCACGAGAGUUUGGCCAGGCCUCCCUCAUCUACUCCCUGGAGGGAUCUUCACAGUUCCGCCUCAACACACGUUCCGGGGAGAUCACAACCACUGCCCUUUUGGACCGAGAGAUGAAAUCAGAGUACAUCCUUAUCGUUCGAGCUGUUGAUGGGGGUGUGGGCCCAACUCAGAAAACCGGAAUUGCCACGGUCAAUAUCACUCUGCUGGACAUCAACGACAACGCCCCCGUGUGGACAGGUGAGCCAUAUGAGGUCAACGUGGUGGAGAUGAGCCCUGCAGGCACGGAUGUCAUCACGGUGCUGGCAGUAGACCCUGACAGGUCGGAGAAUGGAAGUGUUGUGUACAGCAUCAGCCCCCCCAACAGGUUCUACACCAUCAACACCACAACAGGGAAGAUCCGGACCAGCGGCGCUGUGCUGGACCGUGAGAGCACACAGCCUGGAGACACGCAGCUCAUGAGGACCAUCAUUGUCUCUGCCACUGACCGUGGGACCCCACCUUUACGCUCCUCAGCCAGCACCACAGUGCUGGUCAACUUGCUGGACCUCAACGACAAUGACCCCACCUUCCUGAACCUGCCAUUCAAUGCUGAGGUGCCAGAGGGGCUUCCUAUCGGCUCAUCUGUGUUUAAGGUGUCGGUGGUAGACCCCGACGAGGGUGACAACGGUCAAGUCAGCCUCUCCAUGCAGGUGGGGAUGCCGCGCCUGGACUUUGUCAUCAACAGUACAUCAGGCGUGGUAGUCUCCACGGCAACGCUGGACCGCGAGCGCACAGCCCAGUACUUUCUGCGUGUGGUGGUGGCGGAUGCAGGCCAGUUCCCCCGCAGCUCCACCAGCACUCUAACCAUCACAGUGCUGGACAUGAACGAUGAGACUCCCACCUUCUUCCCAUCUGUGUACAAUAUCACCCUGCUGGAGAAUGUGGCACGGGAUUACAUGGUCACCAGGUUGAGCUGUACAGAUAAUGACACUGGACUGAAUGCUGAGCUCAGCUACUUCAUUACAGGGGGCAAUCAGGAUGGCAAAUUCAGCGUGGGCUUCAGGGACGGUGUGGUGCGGACUGUGGUCAGCUUGGACAGAGAGACUCAGGCGUUCUACUCUCUCAUUAUAGAGGCCAUUGAUAAUGGGCCAGCAGGAGGGCGGCGCACAGGCACAGCCACAGUGAAUGUCGUGGUGCAGGACGUCAAUGACAAUCGGCCCAUCUUCCUGCAGAACAGCUACGAGACCAGUGUGCUGGAGACCAUCCCCCAGGGCACCAGUAUAGUACAGGUGCAAGCCACAGACGCCGACGAAGGAGAGAACGGCAGGGUGCUGUACCGAAUCCUGUCUGGCAACAGCAACAACAUCUUCAAUAUCAGUGAGGGCACAGGCCUUGUGACACGUGGACAGCGCCCCCUGGACCGAGAGACUAGCAGCUCCCAUGUGCUGGAGGUGGAGGCCUACAACAGUGAUCUGGGCCGCAUGAGGAGCUCUGUCCGGGUCAUAGUGUAUGUGGAGGAUGCCAAUGACGAGGCACCCGUGUUCACCCAACAACAGUAUAACCGCCUGGGCUUGAGAGAAACAGCAGGCAUUGGCACCUCUGUGAUCGUGGUCCGUGCAACCGACCGCGACAUGGGUGAUGGGGGUGCAGUGGCCUAUAGCAUUGUGUCAGGGGCAGACAGGAAGUUCGAGAUUGACGUGAGCACAGGCCUGGUGACCACUGUGGACUACCUGGACUAUGAGACACGGACCAGCUACCUGAUGAACGUGUCAGCCACAGACCAGGCCCCACCCUUCCACCGGGGGUUCUGCAGCGUUUACGUCACACUGCUCAAUGAGCUGGACGAAGCUGUGGCCUUCUCCCAGCCCACCUAUGAGGCUGCACUGCUUGAGAACAUCGCCACGGGAACUGAGGUGCUGCAAGUCCGCGCCCGCUCCGCUGACAACCUCAAUCAGAUAACCUACCGCUUCGACCCAGACACCUCCCCACUCGCCCUGGCACUCUUCAAGAUAGACAGCGUCACUGGUCGUAUCACAGUGAUGGGCCAGCUGGACCGGGAGAAGGGGGAUGUUUACACACUAACAGUUGUGGCUGAUGAUGGAGGACCCAAGAAGGACUCAACUGUGAAGGUGUCAAUCACCAUCCUGGAUGAGAAUGACAAUAGCCCCGAGUUUGAUAUCACAUCUGAUUCAUCAGUGGACGUGCCAGAGAACACACCCCGUGGGAGAAGGGUGGCUGUGGUGCUGGGGAGAGACAGGGACGCUGGAAAGAAUGGACUGGUGAAUUUCACACUGGUGGCAGGGAAUAUUAGAGAAGUGUUCGAGAUCCACACCACUAAUAACACGUAUGGGGAGGUCUUUGUGGUAUCACCGCUUGACCGAGAGACCAUCGAUCGCUAUUUGCUGGUGGUCCGGGCAGUGGACAACGGCUCUCCCCCACGUCACACUGACCGCGCCCUCACCAUCAACAUCUUGGAUGUGAAUGACAACGCACCAAUAAUCCAGAGUUCAAGAGGCUACAAUGUCAGCAUCAGCGAGAAUGUGGGCGGAGGAACUGCAGUGAUGCGGGUUCAAGCCACGGACCGUGACAUUGGCUCCAAUGGCAUGCUAUUCUACUACAUCACCCAGGGAAAUGAGGACCUCACCUUCCGCAUGGACAGAGUCACCGGGGAGGUAGUCACCCGACCCUCACCCCCUGACCGCGAGCGGCAGCAGACCUACCGGCUGUCCGUCACCGUUGAGGACGACGGCACUCCUCCCCUCUCGGCCACCACCACAAUCUGGGUGUCCAUCCUGGAUGAGAAUGACAACUCGCCCCAGUUUGGGCAGCCAGUGUAUGAGGUCACACUCAGCGAGGGGCCAGAGACAGCCAGCAUAGUCAUAGCAACUGUCAAUGCCAGUGACCGCGAUGAGGGGCCCAAUGGCACGGUGAUCUACCGAAUCGUUGAUGGAAACCUGGGAAACACUUUCAGCAUCAAUCGCACCUCUGGAACAAUUGUGGCACUGAGGGAGCUGGACUAUGAGAUGAGUCAUGGGAGAUACACACUCGUUAUCACGGCAACAGACCAGUGUCCAAUCACCCAGCUGCGCCUGACGUCCAGCACUACGGUCCUGGUGAAUGUGAUUGAUGUGAAUGAUGUGACCCCCACUUUCCCGAGAGCUGUCGAGGGGCCUUUUGAGAUUACUGAGGGCCAGCCGGGGCCCCGUGUCUGGACUCUGAAGGCUACAGAUGAGGACUCGGGCCUCAAUGGACAGGUGGAGUACAGUAUCACAGCCGGAGACCCACAGAAUGAGUUUGUGGUGUCCCCAGUGGAGGGGGAGCUCAGGGUGAGGAGGGAUGCAGAGCUGGACCGUGAGAACAUCCCUUUCUACAACAUCACCAUCACAGCACGAGACCUUGGCACACCAUCACGCAGCAGCACAGUGGUGGUGAGUGUGCGAGUGCUGGACAUCAAUGACAAUGACCCAGUGCUGCUGAACCUGCCCAUGAACAGCAGUGUGAGCGAGGCUGCGCGCAUCUCCACCUCUGUAGCUCGGGUUCAAGCCUUUGAUGCCGAUAGCGGCCGCAAUGCCCUGCUCACAUUCAACAUCACUGCAGGGAACACUGACGGAGCCUUCUACAUCAACGACACCACAGGGGUGGUGCUGGUGAACCGGCCGCUGGACCGGGAGAGAGUGUCAGAGUACAGGCUGACCAUCACUGUCAAGGACAACCCCGACAACCCCCGCAUUGCGCGCAGGGAUUCUGACGUACUGGUGGUGUCCAUCUUGGAUGAGAAUGAUAACCGACCAAUAUUCACACAAUCAAGCUACCGGGGAGAAAUUCUGGAGAAUUCCCUCCCAGGCAGUGUGGUGUCGAUUCUGAAUGGACCAGUCCUGGCAGUGGACAAGGAUGUGGGAGUCAAUGCUGUUGUGACGUACCGCCUUCUGGGCCAAAGACUGGACCUGUUCACAGUCGACUCCAGCACAGGUGCUGUGAUGGUACGGCACGGGGCAGUGUUGGACCGCGAAGCCCUGUUGGACCCCCGGCUUGAGCUGAUGUUGGUGGGCGAGGAUGUGGGGGGGCUGAACACCAGUGUUCCCCUAACAGUCACUGUCCUGGACCAGAACGAUAACCCUCCCCAGUUCAGACCCCCAGACCUGACCGUGCACUUGCCCGAGAACAGCCCAGCUGGGGUGGUGGUCACUCAACUCUCAGCAGCUGAUCUCGACUCAGGAGCUAAUGGCUGGCUGUCGUACCGUAUCGAGAGUGGAGCUCAGGACCGGUUUGUGAUCGACGUCCUCACGGGCGCUGUGCUGGUGGGCAAUGCCACGCUAGACCGGGAGGAGCGUAGUUCGUAUCGACUGGUGGUCGUGGCUGCUGACCGCGGCACGCCCCCCCUCUCAGGCACUGCCACGCUGUCUGUCCUGCUGGAUGACGUGAACGACUCGCGCCCGCGGUUCCUGAUCCCAGUUCAGACUGUCAAUGUUAACGAGUCCACAAAUCUCGGCACCGUCAUUGCCACUGUGAGAGCAGAAGACCCUGACCUCCGAACCCGGCUGGAGUAUUACAUCAUUGCAGUGGAGGCACGAGACGACAGCAACACCCCUGUCAGUGGCCUGCAGGACGCCUUUGGCAUUGACUUCCAUACUGGUGCAGUGUUUGUAAGAAGCCCUUUGAACCGCGAGCUGGUGGCCAGUUUCGAGAUUACCAUCUCUGUGCAUGACAACGCCAGUGACGUUAUUGACCAGUCAGUCAGUAUGCCCAAUGCAAAGCUCACAGUCAACGUCCUGGAUGUCAAUGACAAUGCACCCCGGUUCAGGCCCUUCGGUGUGUCCAACUUCUCCGAGCAGAUCCUGGAGGGAGCCCAGCCCGGCACCACACUGCUGUCUGUCACUGCUGUGGACCCAGACAAAGGCCCCAAUGGCCAGGUCACCUACCAGCUUCUGCACCUGCCCCAUGGGGGUUACGUGCGUCUCGAGGACCCCUCUGCAGGUAAGAUCAUUGCAAAUCGCACCGUGGACUUUGAGCAGGUGCAGUGGCUGAACUUCACAGUGCGGGCUCAGGAUCAGGGCGCCCCUCCACGCUUUGCUGAGCUGCCUGUCUUCCUGCGCAUCAUGGACAUCAAUGACAACAACCCUGUCUUCAGCCAGCCUUCGUAUCAGAAGCCGGUGUUCGAGGAUGUGGCACUGGGGACCGUGAUUAUACGUGUCAGUGCGACAGACGCUGACUCGGGACUGUUUGCUGUGAUCGAGUACAGGCUGGUGGAUGGCGAAGGGCGCUUUGGGAUCAACCCCUCCACGGGAGAUAUCUAUGUCCUGUCCCCUCUGGACCGGGAGACAAAGGACCAUUACACUCUGACCGCAGUAGCCCGGGACAACCCUGGAGGCAGCACCAACAACCGCCGUGAGAAUUCUGUCCAGGUGCUGGUCACGGUGCUAGACGUGAAUGAUUUCCGUCCACGUUUUGCAGAGCGUGUGUAUAGCACCAGCGUGUUCGAGAACGAGCCAGGAGGCACCUCCAUCAUCACUAUGUCUGCCACUGACCUUGAUGAGGGAGAGAAUGGCAUAUUGAGCUACACGCUUCAAGGACCUGGAGCAGAGGCGUUCUCUAUGGAGCUGGAUUCUGGACUGGUACGCUCCAAGCGGCUACUCCAGUCCUUUGAGAGGUUCAACUUGACUGUGGUAGCCACAGACCGUGGCCGCCCACCACUCUGGGGUACAACUGCAUUGCACAUAUCCGUCAUUGACGUCAAUGACAACCGCCCUGUCUUCGUCCGGCCACCCAAUGGGACCAUCAUGCACAUCCUAGAGGAACAGCCUCCAGGGUUGGUAGUGUAUGAGGUGUUUGCAACAGACAGUGAUGAGGGCGUGAACGGAGAGGUACGCUACAGCUUCCUGCAGACAGGCGCAGGGAAUCGAGACUGGGAGAACUUCCACAUAGACGCAGAGACAGGGGUCAUCACUACUGCAGUCAGACUGGACCGAGAGAAACAAGCCCUGCAUAGCCUUAUCGUCGUGGCCUAUGACCUGGGCCAACCAGUACCAUACGAGACCACGCAGCCCCUGCAGGUGGCGCUAUCUGACAUCGAUGACAAUGAACCAGUCUUCCUCAAGCCGCCGAGGGGCAGCUUGCCAUAUCAGUCACUGUGGGUGCCAGAGCACUCUCUUCCUGGCACGGUGGUGGGGAACGUCACAGGUGCGGUGGAUGCUGACGAGGGUUCAAAUGCUGUGGUCUACUACUUCAUUGCAGGGGGCAACAAUAAAGGUAUAUUUCAGCUGAGCCCAGAGGGAGUACUGCGUGUGACUCAGGAUCUAGACCGUGAGGAGACACCUGUGUACCCCAUUAUCGUCAAGGCCUCCAGUAACCGAAACUGGAUGCCUUCCCAGGGUCAGAGGUCAUCCCGUGCACGUGCGCUCAACCCCAACCUUGACCCCACACUGCAGGAGGUCAGAGUUUACCUAGAAGACAUCAAUGACCAGCCUCCCCGCUUUACCAAGCCAGAGUAUACUGCAGGUGUGGCAGCGGACGCGAAAGUGGGUUCUGACCUUAUCCGGGUGCAGGCAGUGGACAAUGACAUUGGGAAUAAUAGCCUGGUGCUGUACCACAUCCUGUCCAUCCGCUACGUCAAACUGCAGUCCAACGACUCCCAUGAUGUUGGCAAUGUCUUCAUUAUUGGUGAGACAGAUGGUAUCAUUCGGACCUUUGACCUGUUUACGGCGUACAGUCCUGGGUAUUUUGUGGUGGACGUUCUGGCCAGUGACCUGGCAGGCCACACUGACAUCGCCACUAUUGGUAUCUACAUCCUGAGGGAUGACCAGCGCGUCAAGAUUGUCAUCAAUGAGAUUCCAGACCGCGUGCGGCAGUUCCAGGAGGAAUUUGUCAGCCUGCUGUCCAACAUUACCGGGGCUAUUGUCAAUACGGAUGAUGUGCAGUUCCAUGUGGAUAAGAAGGGCCGUGUGAACUUUGCACAGACUGAUGUUCUUAUCCAUGUUGUUAACAAACAGACCAACCGGAUCCUUGAUGUGGAGAGGGUGAUCCAGAUGAUUGAUGAGAACAAGGAGCAGCUGCGAAAUCUGUUCCGGAAUUACAAUGUGCUGGACGUGCAGCCCGCUGUGACUGGCAGGGCACCUGAUGACCUCACCACUCUGCAGAUGGCCAUCAUCAUCCUGGCUGUGCUGCUCUUCCUUGCUGCCAUGCUGUUCAUCUUCAUGAACUGGUACUACAGGACUGUACACAAGAGAAAGCUGAAGGCCAUAGUAGCAGGAUCGACAGGUAACCAGGGCUUCAUGGACAUCCUGGACAUGCCCAACACCAACAAGUACUCCUUUGAAGGGGCGAACCCAGUGUGGCUGGACCCAUUUUGCCGAAAUCUGGAGCUGGCAGCGCAGGCAGAGCACCAGGACGACCUGCCUGAGAACCUGAGUGACAUCACUGACCUUUGGAACAGCCCUGCCAGGACACACGGGACAUUUGGCCGAGAGCCACAGGCCUCCAAGCCUGAAGAUGACCGCUACCUGCGAGCUGCCAUCCAGGAGUACGACAACAUUGCCAAGCUAGGCCAGAUCAUGAGAGAGGGGCCCAUCAAGGGCUCUCUGCUGAAAGUGGUUCUGGACGACUAUCUGAGGCUGAAAAAACUGUUUGCAGCACGACUGGUCACGAAAUCCACCAGCAACGGAGACCAGUCUUCUGUCACUGAGCUGAUCCAGAGUGACCUGGAUGAUGAUGAUGAGGACCAGGGGUCAGGAGGCCGCGGGACCCUCCGUUUCAAGCACAAGCACCCAGUGGAGCUGCGUGGGCCAGAGGGCAUCCAUGCUGUGCACGGGAGCACAGGCACUCUGCUGACCUCUGACCUCAACAGCUUGCCUGAGGAUGACCAGCGUGCCCUGGGCCGCUCCUUGGAAGCCCUGCAUGGCGAGGCGGGCCCCUAUAGUGACCGCAACGCACGUACCGAGUCCGCCAAGUCCACGCCACUGCACAAGAACAGAGAGACCAUCAUGGAAAGCCCACUGGAGAUCACAGAGCUAUGACUAGCCGAGGCCUCGCUGGUUUGAGUGCCACAGCCCCCCCUACUGCCCUCUCUCCUCUUUUCUUACCCCCGAGUCUCUUCCCUGGGGUAUGGAGGAAGAGUAGUAGCCUCCACAGAAGGUAUUAACGAGAGAGGGGCAGUGAGGGGGACACUGUGGCGUGUGUGCGGUCCGAAGUUACACAGUUCAAGGUUGGCAUGGUCCACAAACUGCCCUUUCCUUCCUCAGCGCUGUGCAUUUCAUCAGUCAAAGACCUGUGGGAACAGACCUCCUGACUGAAGUAGAAGCUGUUUUCAGAAAGCAGCACUAUGAGUUUCUGAGAGCAACAAACUGCCGAGCUCUUGCUCUGCAACCAUGUCUCCUGGAGGCUCUAGCUGUCAUUCGAAGCAAGCAGCUGGCUCAAUGAAUGGGUCCUGUCAUUACCAGGUUCCUUCCAGGCCGAUCAUUAUGGACUGUAUAUGUUCAGUUUUUCAUGGUCCAACCUUCAUCUCCAGCACAAAUCCAUUGAGAGCACACCAAAUGAGAGAAGGUUUAAUAGAGAGACCUGGUCCAAGUCAACAUGAAGUGUGGCAGGGUUUCAGUCCCAUUGGCUGGAAAACCUUAAAGAUUGACUUCAGAAUCACUAUCCGUAGAUGUGGGUCAAUCCAUCCUUAAAAAGAAUAGAUUACAAGGUCACAAAUCCCAGAAUAUACCCAGAGAGGACAAUAUGUGGAAAGCACUUCCUAGACCUUUUAUGGAGGCCAAUGCUCCACAAUCUGUGAAAGUGGCCUCUGACCCUGUGUGGAGGAAAAUGAGAAGUCCUGACAGAAACUUUCAUGUUAAAAAUGAACAUUAAGCUACCAGGCUUGUUCCUCAGACACAACUGCACCAUUGGCUCUCAAGGAGAAAAGGGAAGGACUGGGGCAAAAGGAAGACAUUAGAAGUCCACCUGAACACAAGUGAACCAGGUUGACGUGCUUCUGACCGCACACACAAUCAAACCAGCAACAGGCCACAACUACAGUUGUUUUGUUCAAUUUAAGACUCUGAAAAUUGAAUAUGGACAGAAAGGUAUUCAUGGCCUUUCUACAUCACUGUGAGGGGGGAACCCACACCAUUCUACCCUUCUCAAGCUUAGGGCAACAGAUCUGUGGUCAUGGGGUCAUAUGGACUGUUACAAUGACCCUGCCUCUGACCAAAUCAGAAGUACUCCUCCCAUCCAAACAGGCUCAGGCCAGAAUGCAGU